UGAGUGAGUGACUGGUUGAGUGACUGAGUGACUGAGUGAGUGACUGACUGACUGAUUAAGUGACUCACCCACACCACCACCAUCACUUAUCUCCCGCCACGAUCCUCCUCCUCAUCACGUCCGGGAAGGAUCAAGAUCAGCCAUGGACGAGACCGCCUCCUGUACAGUGAGGAGGAGGCUGUUGGACACCAAGCAGAUGGCCAACUACGGCGUCGCCCGCACGGAGCCGAUGGCACCACAGCAGCAGAUGGUGCUACGUGGCAGACAGGAGGUCCGCUGGCGCUGUGUGUGUCACGUGUGUCUGUGCGUCUCCACCCUGGGCCUCUCUCUGCUCCUCUUCCACUGGCGCCCUUCCUGGGGCCUACGCCUCAGGAGCCGAGCCUGCGGCCUCGCCCAGGCCACCCACGUGCUGAUCAAGGAUGCAAUGGGGCAGGAGUUUGUGGCGACGGUGGAGGGGGCAGCCGUGGCGGAGCUGAGCUUGAAGCAGCUGCACCUCCUGCAGCCUGAUGCGGUGCAGAGAAGCGACGAUGAGUGGGGGGACACCGUCCAGCUACACUCAGACGAAGAGGAGAAGCCAAACUUCAGGUUCUUUGUGUUCCAACAUUCACGCUACGCCUGGAACCCCACAGCCAACACCUUCACCAGGCUGGGGGGGCUGAGUGAGCGCACGCCGUGCAAAGAGCUGCACAGAAUGUCCACCGGUCUCAGCAGAGAGGAGCAAAUUGAGCGGAGAAAGGUGUUUGGACCCAACAUCAUCGACGUUCCACUCAAGUCGUACCCUCGCCUCCUGGUGGAGGAGAUCCUCAACCCCUUCUACAUCUUCCAAAUCCUGAGCGUGACCCUCUGGAUGCUGGAGCGGUACUACUACUACGCCGUGUGCAUCGUCAUCAUCUCCGCCGUCUCCAUCUGCGUCUCGCUGUACGAGACCCGCAAGCAAAGUGUGACCCUGAGGGACAUGGUGAGGGCCACGGUGUGUGUGACUGUACGCCGUGCUGAUGGAAGCGUGGAGAGGGUCGACUCCUCAGACCUGGUGCCCGGUGACUGCCUCCUCAUCCCCGCCGGUGAUGCCGGCGGUGCCGGCGGUGCCGGCGGUGCCGGCGAUGGCGACGGUGCGGGGUUGGGGGGGGCCCUGCCGCUCCCCUUCGACGCAGCCCUCGUGGGGGGCUCGUCGUGCAUCGUCAAUGAGAGCAUGCUCACCGGGGAGAGCGUUCCGGUGACCAAGACGGCGUUGGAGCCCCAGGAGGCGUCGCACUACAGCGCCCAGGAGCACCAGCGUCACACCCUGUUCUGUGGCACCAGCGUCAUACAGGCCAAGCCCGGGGCCCCCCAUGCCUGCGCUGUAGUCACUCGCACAGGCUUCUACACGGCGAAGGGGGAGCUGGUCCGAACCAUUCUCUAUCCACGGCCAAUCCGCUUCCGCUUCUACAGAGACGCCGUCCGCUUCGUCCUGUUCCUGGCCGUGCUCGCGGCGAUCGGAGACAUCUACAGCAUCGUGAUUCUCGUCAACAGCAAGAGCUCCCUGUGGACCGUGGUGCUGCGCGCCCUCGACCUCGUCACCAUCGUGGUCCCCCCGGCCCUGCCCGCGGCUGUGACGGUGGGCCAGGCCUACGCCCAGGGGCGCCUGCGGCGAGCCCACGGAGUCUUCUGUGUGAGCCCACCCAGUAUCAGCGUGGCGGGCAAAGUGAAGAUCGUCUGUCUGGACAAGACCGGCACGCUCACAGAAGACAACCUGGAGCUGCUGGGCGUGGUUGCCGUGUCUCCCUCGGCAUCAGCUGGCAGCGAGGGGCGUGGCCAGGGGCGUGGCCAGGGGCGUGGCCAGGGGCGUGGCCAGGGGCGUGGCCAGGGGCGUGGCCAGGGGCGUGGCCGGGCUGGGGGCGGGGCGGACGCCUCCCCCGCCGUGUUCUCUCCGCUGCUGGCCGAGCCGCGCCGGCUGCCCCGGGGCCACCGGCUGACGCCGGCGCUGGCCUCCUGCCACUCGCUGGCGCGGCUCCGGGGGGGCCGAAUCGUCGGGGAUCCCAUCGACAUCAACAUGGUGGAGGGCGUGGCCUGGGUGGGGGGCCGAAUCGUCGGGGAUCCCAUCGACAUCAACAUGGUGGAGGGCGUGGCCUGGAGACACGGGGAGGGAGACACGGAGGGUGGGAGACACGGGGAGGGAGACGCCGGGGACGGGAGACAGCUCAUGGUCUUCACCAAGGGAGCUCCGGAGAUCAUCGCGAGCCUCUGCCGGUUACACACAGUCCCCGCCGACUUCGCCGAGGUUCUGCGCCACCACACGUGCCAGGGACACCGCGUGCUGGCACUGGCCGGGAAGGCACUGACCGCGGGGAGCGCCGCCACGCUCAGCCGCGUGCAGGCAGAGAGAGACCUGACCCUGCUGGGGCUGCUGGUGAUGCGUAACGGCCUGAAGCCAGAGACGGCGCCAGCCAUCGCUGAGCUCAACGCAGCAAAUAUCCGCACGGUGAUGGUCACCGGAGACAACGUGCUCACCGCGGUGAGCGUGGCACGCGAGUGCGGAAUGGUGAGCGCCGGCGAGGGCCUCGUCUUCCUCACCGCGUCUCCGCCGGCACUCGGGCAGCCGGCCUCGGUGAGGUACACGGCCCAGAACGACGCGGACCUCCGGCAGCGGGAGCAGCACGCCGAUGGUGCGGGGCACGUGACGGCCGCUAUCUCCACCUCCUCCACCUUCCUCUCCACCCCCUCCUCCACCUCCUCCACCUCCUCCACCUCCUCCACCUCCUCCACCCCCUCCACCUCCUCCACCCCCUCCUCAUCGCUGCCACCGCCGCGAUGUCACCUGGCUCUCAACGGGAAGUCCUUCGACGCCGUCCGUCGCUUCUUCCCGGACCUCGUGCCCAAGGUGCUGCUCAGGGCCACGGUGUACGCACGUAUGUCUCCGGAGCAGAAGGCGCAGCUGGUGGAGAUGCUGCAGGGACUCGACUACUGCGUGGCGAUGUGCGGGGACGGUGCCAACGACUGCGGAGCGCUGCGCGCCGCAGACAUCGGCGUCUCCCUGUCGGAGGCCGAGGCCUCCGUGGCCUCCCCCUUCACCUCACGCACCCAGAACAUCACCUGCCUGCCAGCCAUCAUCCGUGAGGGCCGCGCCUCCCUCGUGACGUCAUUCGUCGUCUUCAAGUUCAUGGCUCUCUACUCAUUCAUCCAGUUCACAUCGGUGCUCAUCCUGUACACGGUGACACACACAGUGUGACACACAGUGACACACACAGUGACACACACACACACAGUGAUACACAG